AUCUCUCCAAGCAUCAUAAAAGUCCUCGCCCGGUUCUCACCAGUUUUUCGAGCUCGAUUGCAUAGUUCUCUUCUUAGUUCUUACCACCCAUCUCCAUGAAUCUUCCCGUUCGCGAAUCUCUCCCCUCUUUCUCCGCCGUCUGCAUCUUCGUCAUCUGUUCUCUGUCGUCUCUGGUUCAAGUCCGAGCUCGCCAGUUCUACGUCGGAGGCAGAGAUGGCUGGGUGGUUCAUCCCGCCGAGGAUUACAACCACUGGGCUGGUCGGAACCGGUUCUUGAUCACCGACACUCUCCUUUUCAAAUACAAGAAAGGAAAGGACUCGGUGCUGCUGGUGAACAAAGACGGCUACGACCAGUGCGACGCCCACGACCCCAUCAAGAAAUGGGACGACGGCGACACCGUCUUCCAGUUCGACCGGUUCGGCCCUUUCUACUUCAUCAGCGGCCGAGAUGGCAACUGUCGGAAAGGCCAGAAGCUGAUCGUCGUCGUCCUCGCCUUCAAGCCUCGCCCUCUCCCUCUGCCCCCGGGGAAGGCCCCGGGUUCGGGACCGCCAGGGUCGAGAUCGAGUACUCCUGCGAUGGCCCCGGGGAAGGCUCCGGGUUCGGGACCGCCAGGGUCGAGUACUCCGGCGACGUCUCCGUCCCCGUCGACAUCGCCAGCUACAACUCCAGCACAUGCGCCGGCAAUGGGACCAUCGUCUCUCUCGCCGUCUCCGACCGCGGCGCCAGGGUCGAGUACUCCGGCGACGUCUCCGUCCCCGUCGACAUCGCCAGCUACAACUCCAGCACAUGCGCCGGCAAUGGGACCGUCGUCUCUCUCGCCGUCUCCGACCGCGGCACCAGGGUCAAGUACUCCGGCGACAUCUCCGUCCCCGUCCACAUCGCCAGCUACAACUCCAACACAUGCGCCGGCGACGGGACCGUCGUCUGCGUCGCCGUCAUCUGCUCCAACAGCAACAGCUCCAGCAUCAGGUCCGACCGCGCCCGGGCCGUCGGGAGCGUCGCCGCCGGCGUCAUCCACCACCUCACCAGCUCCGGGUGGUGGGUCAGCCCAGUCGUCUCCACCAGCAGCGACGCCAAGCGGUGUCCCAGCGAACUCGACCUCGCCUCCGCCGGGCCAGUCAGCCGCCCAAGUGGUGGAUCCUCUUAGACUUAGUAUGUGGGCAUCGGCAUUCUUGAUGAUGGUCUUGGGGCAAACUUAAUGGAGAUUCUGGGACGAAGUACGGUGCAGUAUUUUGAAUAUAUAGAUAUACAUCUUC